GCAUUUCCUAUUUUCUGAACGAUCGGUCCGACGGAAACUGGACCGUCGAGGGCACCAUUUUUUCUCGGUAGAACUGUGAGAAGUGAUUGAAAAAAUGUCAGGUUUAGCAGCAAAACUGAAUCCCUUAAUCAAAAAUUUGGUAACACAGGCGAAACCAAAACUCAGAGUAGCUGCUCAAUAUGCCAAAGUCGAACUGGUCCCACCGACUAUUGGUGAAAUUUCCCAGAUUCGCUCCAGUAUUGGCAAGUUGAUUCACAGUGCAAAAACUGGCCGAUAUCGCGAACUCACUGUGAAGGAAGCCUGGUUAAACACCCUCGUCUGUAUCGAAGUUUACUGCUGGUUCUUUAUCGGCGAAUGCAUCGGCAAACGACACCUCAUCGGUUAUAAUGUUUAAAAAUCUGUGUAUCAAUUCGCUAUAGAUAAUUAUGUAAUUAAUUCAGAGAUAUUCCAAUAAAGCUGUGGUCGUAGGCCAAGUAAA